CUAUGCAAAUUUCUCUCUCUGUCUCUCUCUCUCAUCAAAUCCCAUCGAAACCCUCCCUCUCUUUCUCUGGCUUCUUCUCUGUCUCCCUCUCUUACAAUCUAUGGCUUCUCUCUCACUGGAACAUUCAAGAGCUUCAACCCCUCAUCAGCUAGAAGACAAUUGCUCGAGGCUAAUUGCUUCGAAGGUGAAGGCUGAGUGACAGUUCCCAAGAGAGUAAUUACGGUUUUAUGUCAAAAACCCAUAUGCCACGCCUGUAAAUGCAGCUCCGAAAUGUGUCCUGCAACAUUUACCCAAUGAACUAGAAAGCCAUCCAAGUUUCAUUUUAGCAAAUAAUGAAAGAAAGCAGAAUAUAGGCAUGGUUUGGUAUGCAUCAGAUUCUGGUACAAAUGAGAAGCAACUCAGAUCUUUAGAUUCCUAUCCUGGGAAACUCCAAAAUGGCACAAAUCUACCUGCAGAUAAGUCAAACAGGACAAGGGAGCCACUCACUAGAAAUGGUCAGUUCAGAUUAAAGAAGGGGUUGGAGUCUCUUGAUGAUUAUUUUGGAAAACUUAAUAAAGAUGGAGACUCAGAGAAUUAUACAUUUAGUUCUGUUGAUCUUACUGAAGACAACCCUACUGAAAAACUAUCAUCUAUCAAUCAAGAUUCUGAAAAAUCUGAUGAGAGGGAAGAACAGAAGAGCUACAGAAAUCCUGUAAGUACAAGGGAUGAUCAUGGUCCUCAGAGCUCUCAAGAUUCACUGCAGUAUAAUGAAAUCUCUGAUCUCUACUUAAUAAGCAUAUUCGCUUCUAUAAAUAUUGCAGUUUUUCUGUUUGAGAUAGCAAGUCCAGUUAGGAGUUCUGACUUAGGGCUCUUUUCUCUUCCAUUACUAUAUGGAGCAAAGAUAAAUGAUUUGAUCCUGGUUGGAGAAUGGUGGAGGCUUGUGACACCCAUGUUUCUGCACUUAGGACUCUUUCACAUAGUCGUUGGCUGUUGGGGGCUUGUGACAUUUGGGCCUAAAGUGUGCAGAGGCUAUGGUUCAUUUACAUUUUUUUUUAUUUACAUAUUUGGAGGAAUCUCUGGCUACUUGAUUAGCUUUCUUCAUACACCAGAGCCAACUGUUGGUGGAACAGGACCAAUAUUUGCCAUGAUGGGAGCUUGGCUCACUUAUCAGGUCCAGAGCAAAGACAUAAUUUCAAAGGAAGUUUCAGAGGGCAUGUUCUGAAAGGCAGUAAUAACUACGCUUCUUAGCUUCACAUUGAGCUGUUUGAAGUUCAAAAAUUGGCAAGGGAGGCUGCUGAAAUUGUGAUCUUAGAGUCAUAGAUGAGGAAGAUGUCGAAUCUCUUAUAUCUGAGGUUAUUAUAGCUGUCAAUGGUAGUCAAGUAUUUCAUGUUCUAUUAUUGACUUCAAGCGUAUAAUAUCGUAUUUCAUGUUCUGUUAUUUCAUGUUUUUUUCACCAAAAGCACUUAAGCCAUUGCUUCCACUGUUUCUAUCAGAGCUGCCGAACUUGGUAUUAAUCUUGCUAUUGCAGAUAUUGUCAUUCUUUAUGAUAGUGAUGUGUAUUGAUCGUGCACUGAGAUGAUACGUUUCCAGCUAAGCAUUGAUGGCAUUAUGUAGUUCUUUAUCAAACCAUGAUUUUCAUUUUCAAACAGUAUAUAUACUACUGAGGAGAAAGCGAUUGAGAGGGCUUAUAACUACUUAUCUUUUUUUUUUUCCUAGACCAUUGAAAGCACUCUUGGAGAAUUCAGGGUAUGUGAAGUGUUUUGAAGCCAACUUGCUGGAAGUGAACGUGUCUCCCAAACAAAUGCAGAUGGUAGAAGAUUGAAGGAGGAUAGUCUACUAUCACCCCGUACCUCUAAUUCUUCAAUGUCUGAAUCAUUUCCUCGUUGACGAGAAGAGAGACAAAUGAAGUUAUGUACUUCUUAGUUAAUUUAAAUGUACUAAUGACAAUUUAUUUUCAUUAUACUUCU